AUGGAACCCGACGGAGACUCGGAGCCGCCGCCCUUUUGGUUUCGGCCCCCGGCCGAUCGCCGCCGUCGUCAGGCGUCUCCGCUCGUCAAUCCGGUGGCUUUGAUCUUGGCCAUCCCGAUUCUGAUUCUAUUGCUCCUAUUUUUCAUAGUUCCCCCAUUUGUCACGCACACUAAUCAAAUUCUCAAGCCUAAUUCCGUUAAGAGGAGCUGGGAUUCGUUCAACGUCUUCAAAAGCAAGCGGUUCGAACAGUCAUCAUCCACCGCUCCACCAACGCCGCCACCUCCUCCUCCGCCCUCAUCAAUACUCAACUCCCUAUUCAAAAACGGAGGCAAAAGCAGACGUUUCAGCAAAAACGCCAUCACAGGUCCACCACCGGCCCCUCCACCACCACCACCACCAGAACCACCGCGUCGCCGCCAGAUCAACACAGGAAAGCCUCCCCUUCCCACAAAACCUAGCGCACAGUACCACGAAAGCACAACCAUCGCUCCGCCGUCGCCGCUGAUCCCACUGCCACCACCUCCGCCGCCAUUCAGAAUGAAAGCAACCAAAUUCAUCGCACAAGGAGACUUCGUGAGGAUCCACAGCGAGAAUAGCUCCCGCUGCAGCUCGCCGGAGCCAGAAGACGCAGAUGACGUCAUGUCAGUCAAAUCCGCCGACGGUAUUGAUUCAACCGGCGGGGGGCCCACAAUCACUUGCCCUAGCCCCGACGUAAACACCAAGGCCGACAAUUUCAUAGCUCGCCUCCGAGAUGAGUGGAGGCUUGAGAAGAUGCACUCCAUGAAAGAUAAACGAAUCUGACCCGACCCGACCCGACCCGGCCCGAACCCGAACCCGUAAACCAACAAGAUUCAGUGGAGGCUUUUUUUUUUGUUUUUUUUUUUUCCUACAUUAAUUUUGUUUUUUGAUCAAUUUUCUUUUUUUUUUUACACACAAAGAAAAUCAUGAUUACCAACAUAUGGUAAAAAAAAAAAUAAAAAAAAAAAAAAAGUAGAGAUUGUAGACGUGAAGUUUGGACAAAGAUCAAAUGAUGUGUCGUGGCUCCAUUUCUGUUUUUCGAUUUUAACUGGAGCCAUUCCAACUGUAGAGGAUUAAUUAGGGAUUUUGAUACUAUAUAAUAUAUAUACAUAUUACUAUUAUUAUUACUACUAAGUUUGGAUUGUUUCAGUU